AUGAUUAUCGAACUCUUCUCUAGCGUUUUCGCAUGGACCUUCAUUGCGAUCGUUGUUGGUUUCUAUUGUCUGAUCCCAAAGCAGCGACCAAUAUUCCCAGUCGUCAACGACUAUCCCGGCGACAUAUUUCGCCGGAAGGCAUAUCAAGAGUACAACAAAAAUGCUAAACAACUGAUCGCCGAGGGUUUCGCCAAAUACAACGGGCCCAUCACUCUACUCGUGCCUAAUGGGAUAAAAAUCGUCUUGCCUUCAGCUCUCAGUGAUUGGGUCAAGACAAACAGAGACCUUGAUCACCAAGAGCUUGUCAGAGAGGAAUAUUUUGCACAAUUCCCGGGAUUCGAAGCUCAAUAUGCAGCACAUAGCCCCGACAGGAUGUUGAUUGACUUGCUGCGAACCAAAUUAUCCCAGAACGAGGAAAUUUUGUCAACAAUUAAUCAACAUGUUGCGGCGGCUUUGCAGCAUCACUGGGGGAAAAGCGAGUCCUGGCAUACAAUCGAUUGGGAUAAAGACACUACCGGGAUCAUCUCACUGGCAGCGGCGUCGGUAUUUGUGGGACCCGAGACUGCCAACGAUGCAGAAUGGCAGGCUCUUGUCCAGACCUAUGUACGAGAAUUUUUCACGGCGGUGGGUGAGCUUCAUGCGUGGCGAGCGCCUCUCCGGCUGAUCGUGCAAUGGUUUCUGCCGCACACCUCAGCAUGCCGUGCUCUUGUCCGGAGGGCUCGCGUGAUGAUACGUGAUGUGGUCAACAGAAGGGCUGAAGAAGCAGAAGAGGCACAACGCCAAGGACGAACGCCACCACGGUACAAUGAUGUUCUUUCCUGGACCUUGGAUAUACCAAGCAACAAGCUACCGGCUGGCGACAUUCAACUCGCUUUGGUCAUGGCAGCACUUUUUACGACCAGUGAACUCCUCAGACAGAUUCUAAUCGACAUUGCCAAACAUCCCGAGCUUGCCGCACCGCUGAGACAGGAAAUCAAGCAGUCAAUAUCUGAAUAUGGAUUUUGCCAAACUGGCCUGCAAAAGAUGGAAUUACUGGACAGCGUGAUGAAGGAGUCCCAAAGACAGAUUCCUAUUUCAGUGGGGUUGGAACGUAAAGUGAUUCGUGAUACCACGCUCCCGGAUGGAACGAAGAUACCAAAAGGUUCUCAUAUAAUGGUCGACGCAAGCGAUAUGUGGAGCCCAAAAGUUCACAAUAACCCUGAUGUGUACGAUGGGUAUCGUUUCAUGAAGCGGCGUCAUAUGGGAGAUAAAGCGAGUCAAUUUGUGCAGUCGAGUCGAGAGCAGAAUGUCUUUGGAGGUGGUCGACAUAUUUGCCCUGGCCGGUUCUUCGCGAGUACCGAGUUGAAGAUAUGUUUAGCCCACGUUCUGUUCAAGUAUGACAUCCGGUUAAAGGAGGGUUAUCUUUCCACGCCUUUACAGUUUGGGGUAUAUGCAAGUGUUGACCCGGUUGCACAGCUAGAGGUUCGACGGAGAGAAGAUACUGAAAGCUUUCCGUUGUGA